AUGAUUCAAGGUGCUGCACGUGGAUUGUUCCAAAGCGCACGGCAAGUACGACGAGCAGCUACACGGCACGCUCAGAAGCAGCAGAGAGUACGGACGUUAGAUAAAAGAUCUGAGGGGACUAGAAGAACUGUAUGUGACUUGGCACGGGAAGAGAGCGUGAUUACUAACCAGCAGAAGCAGACAUUUGGGCGUGCACGAUACUUUGAGACGAUUCCUCGAGAUCUGGCAAUGGGAGCUUUUAGUGUUCUUGAUGUCGGUGCUAUCGACGCACUCAAGAUUUUGCUUCAAGACUUGGCAGACGACGACGAUGACGGGCGAUAA